CCUAACCAUCAGUAAUCCCAAGCCCUGAACCAACCAUGUCCCAGUCAGGCUCCAUCGAAGAGAUCAAGGAUAUCAAAGAAAUCCCGUCCACCUCCAUCGACCCGGUCACUGACAAGAUAGACAUGAUCAACAGGGACCCCAACAAUAUCAAUGGACAUCUCACGGUGAGCUUCGAAGAUGUGUUCGGUGAGCCCGACCACGCCCACAGCAUCGACUGUGUCUGGAGGAACUCCUACAAAUGUUUCACGUGCACCAAGUCAUGUUGCUACAUGGUCCUCACCACCCUGUGCAGCAUCAUCACCGCCUUCUGCUGGGCCUGCGAGUUCGCCGUGGUCACCUUCACUCAUGUAUGGGCUGUUGCUCCAUGCUUCAAAUGGAUUGAAAUGAACAUGCUGUGCUGCAAGAGGUUCUACGGGAUCUGGAUUCACUGCCUGUGUGACCCGGUCUGGGAGGCUUGUGGCAUGAUGUUCGCCGCCUUCAAGAAAUAGGCACACUGAAUCGUGUUCAAUCAUUGUAUACUUGUCUUACGUAGACCUUUUUUGUUUUUUUUCUCAAAGCGGAGGAAUCUGAAUCGGUUGGUUUCAGAUGUCUCAUUCAGGUAGCUUUCUGGUGCAUUGAACGGUAACGUAUUGCAUGAAGUACUAUGAGAAUCUCUACCUGUGGUGCUGCAGCAGGAAAUGGCAAGACAGUCUGUCCCAUCCUUACUACUAAUAGGGAACGCUCCCUCUUUAACAGAUUCCUCUCUUUUGUUUUGAGAAAUAUCUAAUUCUGCUUCGCUUUGACUUAGCUUUCGGUAAAU